AUGGCCCGGCUGUCGCUGGGGAGCGGGAGGAGGCCGAGCACGGAAAACUCGACCCCCAACCCCCGCCCCGCUGCCUUCUGGGAACCCUACAUAGUAGUGGGCAGGCGGGGUGGGGGUGGAGGGCAGAGGGAAUAUAGCCUUAAGCAGUCUCUUGGGAUUUCUGGGGUCAGUGAUUGGCCAGAGAGGCCCGGAGCAGGUGGAGGCAGGGCAGAAACUGGAAGGGAGCGCACCAGUCGGCCGGCACCCCUGAGCACGGGCCUCCCAGAGAGGCACGUCCAGAGUGUGGACCACGACGACGAGCCCAGUGAGCCGGAGCUGAGAAGGAUGUCAAACCCGUGCGUCAUUGAGAACGGGCACCCACCAGGGGCAGGUCCAGGGGAUGGAACCGCUGAGGCUGCCCAGACCUUCCCAGCACCAGAGCCCCCUAAGCCUCGCCCUGCGAGUCUCUCUUUGCGGCUGCCCCACCAGCCGGUCACGGCCAUCACCCGCGUCUCCGAGAGGUUCUCUGGCGAGACCUCGGCUCUGUCGCCCACGUCUGCUGCUGUCCUGGGGGGCCUCACCCCGAGCCCCAGUGAGGCCACCACACCCUGGACCCCCAGCCCCAGUGAGAAGAAUUCCUCUCUCGCAUGGUCAGGCUCUGGCCAUGGGCCAGUGACAGCAGGCAGGAGCAAUGACAGCCCCACUCUGGGGACAGCGCCCCUGUCACCCCAGUCCUCGCAGCCGCCAUCAGCCACCCCCCAAGCCCACCGCCCAGGGGAGCGCCGCAGGGAGCUGGUGAGGUCGCAGACGCUGCCCCGCACCUCGGGGGCACAGGCCCGGAAGGCGUUGUUUGAGAAGUGGGAGCAGGACACAGCCCUCAAGGGCAGGGGCGAGAGAGGGGAGGCACGGGCGAAGCUGAAGCGCUCGCAGAGCUUUGGCGUGGCCAGCGCGAGCAGCAUCAAGCAGAUCCUGCUGGAGUGGUGUCGGAACAAGACGCUAGGCUACCAGCACGUGGACCUGCAGAACUUCUCCUCCAGCUGGAGUGACGGGAUGGCCUUCUGUGCACUGGUGCACUCCUUCUUCCCGGAGGCCUUUGACUAUAGCGCACUGAGCCCCACGCAGCGGCAGAAGAACUUCGAGUUGGCCUUCACCAUGGCAGAGAACCUGGCAAGCUGCGAGCGGCUGAUCGAGGUGGAGGAUAUGAUGGUGAUGGGCCGCAAGCCUGACCCCAUGUGUGUGUUCACCUACGUGCAGUCGCUGUACAACCACCUGCGGCGCUUUGAGUAACGGCCUGGCUCGCCCAGCAGCACCCCCCAGGACGAGACGGUGGGGAGGCUCGUUUCUCCCCCCUCGCCAGCCCCCCACACCGACACAGACCCCACCAGUGGCUCGCCAUUUGGCUCUGUGGCAUGUGGCUGCACUCCGUUCACGCCCCGCUCUGUGACUCCUUCAGAGCCUCCCAGCCUGGCUCCCACCGUGGUGGGCACGGCCCAGGGCUCAGGGGAGAGGGAGACUCCCCCGGAGAAGGAGAGAAACUGGUGCUAAGUCAUUACCUUUAUGAAACGCUUGUCGGCUGUAGAACCCAGAAGGCUGAGUUACAGUCCCACCCCGUGAAUUUGAUACAUGGGCUUUGCGGAAGCCCAUUGAUUACCAAGUGUUUUUGUUUUGUUUUUUAAACCACAAUACCCAGGGUUUUUUUGGUUUUGUUUUGUUUUUUUAACUUCCUCACACCAUUGUAGGUUUCUUUUCCUCCCUCUGGGCGGCUGCCAGGAAACAGGCCGCUUAAUCAGCAGCUUGAAGGUGGGCCCCGGCGUCUAGGGAAGCAGUCGAAUCACACCCGCCAACUCUGACCUUCCAGUCCCCUCCCACUCUCAGGGGUGGGGAGAGAGGGGGGCUCUCGCUUUGGUCCCACAGGGCUCUUGUUCUUCCCAGGAGGCCCCGCAAGUGUUGGCUAAGAAUAGGUUCUUGGGGGGAAGGGAGACGGCUUACAGGGAGGACAGUCUCUGUCGGCCCAGGGCUAGUGCUGUUCACACAUCUAAAAGGAGCUGCUGCAGUAACUAAGACGGUAACUAAGAUGCUGGGACAGUAACUCUACCUGGGCUGGGAACCCCGUGCACAUAAAAAGGAUGUGUCAGCCCUA